UUCUGUUCAGCGAGGGACUCUGUCGGCAUGUCAGCGGCCACACAGGCGAGACACACAUUUGUUUUACUCAUUUCCAGUGUGGUACAUUUCUUUUUUUUUAUAUUUCGACCCUCUCAGGGAACAACCAACCGUUAGUCGGCGGGUAAAGUUGCUAGCUAACGUUAGCUAAGUGGCUAACUAACGAUUAGUUUGAACGUGAUUCUGUGACUUCAGUGUGAAACAACAACAACAACAACAACAGACGAUGAGGACAGACGGAGUCCUCGCACGGGUUUCCUUCGGGUGGUCCACUCAAGGAAACCUCACUUCCCUUUGUCCCAACGGGUCCAUUUGGGUUUGGGAAGGACUCGGGGAGUGCGCGCAGGACGCGAGGGACAUGGCCAGCGUUUACCUCGGCCUCCUGUCCAUCGUCUUCUUCAUGGUGUCUUCUCUUCCACAGUACUACAGCUCGUGUAAAACGGGCAACAUGGACCGGGCCAUCUCCAUUUGGUUCCUGCUGCUGUGGUUGGCAGGGGACACCUGCAACCUGGUGGGCUCCUUCUUGGCCGACCAGCUUCCGCUUCAGACAUAUACAGCCGUUUAUUAUAUGUUUGCUGACCUGUUGAUGCUGAGCAUGUACAUGUACUACAAGAUAUCGAACAAGAUGUUAGAAAGAAGCAGGGUUUUGCACGUGGUGGGUGUCGCCUGUGUCCUGGGCUUCACCACAAGCCUCGCCCGCCUCCCCGGAUUAGGCACCCAACACGAAGAGGUUCUUCCUGGGUUCAGAGGUCGUGCCUUGCUCUCAACUGCUGAUCUCAGUCCCAUCAAGGCUUUUACCACGAGAGCAAUGAUUGGUUUCUCCAUCGGCUCGGUGUCGUCAGUUCUCUACCUCUCCUCCAGACUUCCACAGAUGCACACUAAUUUCAAGAGGAAGUCGACGGAGGGGGUUUCUUACUUCCUGUUCGGGUUGGUCAUCCUGGGAAACACCUCGUACGGCCUGAGUGUCCUGCUGAAGAACCCCGAUGAGGGCCAGGGCGAGAAAAGCUACAUAAUCCACCAUUUGCCCUGGCUCAUCGGCAGCCUCGGCACCCUCUUAUUGGACCUCGUUAUCUCCCUCCAGUUCCUAAUGUACCGCAAAGCCACGCUGGAGGGCGCCGCCGGCCCCGGGGAGACAGAGCCUCUGAUUGGGAGCUAAACCAAGAGGGCGCCGGUGGGGACGCCGGACGGACACGAUGCUUCCAGCGAAUCCUCAACAUCACACAUCCAACAGAAUCGGGAUGAAAGAACAAUUUCUUGUUGGAUUUCUUUUAUAGUGUAAUUUAUGACGCUCUAUUUUUACGGUUGCACUUUGUUUUCAUCCGCAAAAAGUACCGAGACCGACGGAGCCGCCGACCGGCGCUCGGCUGCAGCGAUGGGAUUUACGAUUCUCUCGGCGGUUGAGUCGUAGACGGUCGAUCGGGGGUUUCACGGAUUUAAAAAAAAGCUCCCGUCGACCUGAAAUCCUCCAGAUUUUAGAUCACCGCCUCCAGUUGAUUUCAGACCUCCUGCAGAUGUCAGAAUUCUGCUCUCCGUGAAUUAUUCAGAUGUUUUUGAAGUUGCCAAACACUUUUGACGGCGUCGACGCUUCAGCUGCAAUCAGCCCCGUUUCCUCCUGUUGCAGUGACGCACGCGUCGACCGCAUAAGUGUGUAUUGUCUUUGGUGCAUCUUUAAGUGAUGGUGUCACCAAGUGCUUUAAUCGCAGUGUUGAGAAUUGUUUAUUUUGAUUUUUUAAAGCUAAUAAAACAAAUGAAGUAGACGCUUGACCGAUUCAAGUUUGCACUGGUGAUAAAAGUUGCAACAUGCUUUUCACUACAAUGUUUAAUAGACAUUUUAUUUAAUUCUCACUGUUUUGCACAACAAAAGUCAGAUUUGUAUUUUGAGAAAUGUUGAAUAUGUUCUGUAGGUCAGUGUCCUGUAAAGAUUGAACAAUAAAUACGUCUUUUUCUCUGUU